AGAGGCGCUUAACUGCUCUCAUUUCUUUUCUCUCUUUUUCUUUUUCUUCUUUAUAAAUUUAUAUAAAAAAAAUGGCUGAUCAACUUACUGAAGAACAAAUCGCUGAAUUCCGUGAAGCUUUUAAUCUCUUUGAUAAAGAUGGUGAUGGUUCUAUCACUACCAAGGAACUCGGUACUGUUAUGCGUUCCUUGAAUUUGAACCCCACCGAAGCUGAACUCCAAGACAUGAUCAAUGAAGUCGAUAGUGACGGUAAUGGUCACAUUGACUUUGCCGAAUUCUUGUCCAUGUUGGCUAGAAAGAUGAAGGACACUGAUUCUCAAGAAGAGAUCGAAGAAGCCUUCAAGGUUUUUGAUAAAGACGGUAAUGGUUAUAUUUCUGCUGCUGAAUUGCGUCAUGUCAUGACUUCUCUUGGUGAAAAGUUGACCGAGGAAGAAGUUGAUGAAAUGAUUCGUGAAGCUGAUGUUGAUGGAGAUGGUCAAAUUAAUUAUCAAGAAUUUGUCAAGAUGAUGAUGUCCAAAUAAAUGAAUACAUAA